AUGUCCGAGGAAAAACUAAAAAACAAAGAAGUUUGGAAAUUCUAUCGGUGGAGCACAGUUUCCUACACCAACUUUUUGAAAUUUCGCAAGCUACAACGGCGCCAAUUUGUCAAAAAGCAAGGUGUUUAGUUCUCAAUCCUUUUCAUUUGAGCUUUGAGAUCGAAAUUUCUAUUGGCUUUGAGCUGAUAUUUCAGAAAAGAAUGAUAUCCCCUCCUUCGGACGACGUGGUCGUCGACGUAGAGAAAGGCAUCGUCGCUCUUCCUGUGAGUCUGUUUCUUUCUACCAGCAACUCCAGUUUUUAUAGCCCAUCCAAAUUAAUUUCAGUUAGGACGUCCUCCGACCCCGAGGACUAUCGACUUCACUUUACAUGGACUUGUAUGGUUGGUCUUUUUUUUGCUUUAUUUACCCAUUUCAGUUGUUUAUCUAGGCGUACCAGAUGCUACUGGGACCAAUCUAAAAGAAAUGUGGUUUUCAAUUUGACCUGUUCGCCUGAGAACUAUUCAACUUUUUGGACCGUCAAAUCAAAAGUUGAGAUUUUCCUCAAGCUCAAACACGAGGAAGCCCUCCCCUCUUCGGUUAUCGCCUAGAAAACACCUGGAAUUAAUUUUUCGCUCAGGUAGAACACCUUUUUGACGUCUCCGCGAAAGGCAUCCAAAUGACCUGCACUGCGGAGGUUUUUCCUACAUCUAACCACGAUUCGACCUUUUUACUUGAAUCUUCAGAACCUGAGUCUGGACGUCGUUCGUGGCUGGACCGGCCACGGGACUAUUCCUCCGUGGUUUAUAGAGAUUCGCCUCAUCGUCAAAAUUGGUAUUCUUUCCAUGCACGGCCAAUCGUGA